GUUUGUUUUGUUAUUUCGCUAAAACUUGCACCGGUAAAAAUCUAAAAAACUGAGCACCAAAGCAUUUUGCACAUUUUAUUUUUGAAGCCAACGACAACAAGCGGUUUAAAACCUGCGCCCUUCAAGAGCUCAAUUUAAUUAAGUUUCUUGAACGUUCAAACCCAAUAAACAAAUAACAAAAAUGGACAAAGAAGAAUUCAUUUCCAUUACGCACUUUAUAAAUCCCCAAUUGUUCUGGUACCACAAAGUCGAUGGCCAAAAUCCCGACUUCAUUGAGUCGAAACGCAUCGAAGACUCCGUACAGCUUCUGUACACGGCCAAACAGAGUGCCGCUCUCCAAGCUCAUCGACCACAUGUUGGCGAGAUAGUGGGCAUUGCGUUUGUCUCAUGGAACAAAUUCAUACGGGCCCGUGUCAUGCACAUUGUAAAGUACACAAAAGCCCCCGACGAAUACAUUGUGUGGGCUCUCGACUACGGAUUCCCAUUCCAGACUAAGAUGUCCUACAUUCGCCAAAUGCCCGAAUUGUAUUACAGACAGACGGGACACAUCUGCAUCGGAGGAAUCGCCGAUGUGCUGCCAGCUGAAUUGGACUUUGAUUUCGUCACAACCACAAGCCAGGUGGUGGUGAAACCUUCGUGGUCACAGCGCUGUGUUGAGAUGCUCGAGAAGCUGCUGACCGAUGCUGCUUCGAUAUCGUUUAUUGAGUCCUUUCAAGUGGUAAAUCAUGAGAAGCAGCACUUUGGCGAUAUGAAGGUAAUAACCCAUGCGGGAUCGACGUUCUUCGUAAGCGACUAUUUGGUGCAGUUGAAUCAUGCUGUGAAGUGUGAGGGAAGCUUCCGGGAGAAAUUGACCACCAUGAAGACACAUCGCAUCCCCUGUUGGGAGACAAAUAGUCGGGAUAUCAAGAUAAUUGAGAACAAACUGAAUUCGCUGAAUAUCGAGAUGGGGAAGUUCGAUUUGUCAGGGUCAAUGUCGGAAUCAUCGUGUGAUCUCUUCUCCAAACAGAAGGUCAUGGAUUGGUGUGAGAGAAAUCAGAAUAUCAAUGAUAAAACAGAAGAAACUGCUGAAGAGUUGAUAUUCACCAAAUCGGCUUUCGAUGCGACAGAUAUUGAGUUUGAUGAUUCGGUGAGCACUAAGAACGACAUUGCACCUGUAAAUGAUGAAGAGACAAUUAUGAAAUGUGCUGGAAAGGUUCAUGAGCAUCGGCGGAAGAAGUACGAUGGCAAGAAAUUGCCUCCCAUGCCGGACACAUCGACAUUUUCCAUGAAUAUAAAACAAAAACCAGAUAAAGAAGAGAAAGAGGAGACAAGUCAACCAAAUAGUGUGGUUAGCGGCGGUAGAUCGGCUCGAGUGAGGAUGUUAUUGGAGCUGAAGAAGGCACAUUCGAAAACUUUAGAGGCACAAGAAAAUGAAAUUACUCUUCAGAAAAAAAUGGAUGAACUAAAUUUGAAAGCCAACAGUGAAACUGGAACAGAUGAAUUUCUUGAAAACUGCAAAAUUAAAAAUUCUAAAGCCUUACAACCGAAAUCACAAGCAACUGAAGGUUCGAGUACUAAUAAUAGCGAUCAUGGUAGUCAUACAUCAUCAUCACUUUCCAAAAGAAAACAACAACUAAUGAAGAUCAAAGAAACUUAUUGCCAACCAGUUGAAAAUAUCUUAGAAGCAAGCAAUACACAAACGGAUAUGCAUACGUUGGAUGAUAAAACUGAAUCCAGAUCACCAACAGGUUCAAAAGUUUCAGCACAUGCACAGAGUUUGAUGAAUAAGAGAAACAAGAUUCUACAACAGCGAUCUAAGUCGGAGGCGUGUAAUUAUCUUGGCAUCCAAGUUGAGCCAACACCACCAGCAGGAGUAAAGAACAAAAAAAGCCAAGGAUACAAAAUGCCUCUACAUAGUGCAAAAUUUAGUCGACUUGAUUUUUCAAAAGGAUUUCGUCAAUAUGCCAGCAAUUCUGACUUCAAACCAAAUGAAACAUUCGAUAUACAAAAAGAACAAACAUUCGACGAUGAGGUCGACGACGACCCAAUUCCAAAAGAGAAACCAACAACUGCCGAUGAUAUUCGAAAACUUGUAAAUGAGGAUCCUUUUAAAAAUAUGACAAUGGUCCCAGCUGGAUUUAAUGUAGCCAAAUUAGUUAAACGUCGUGACGAAGACAAUCAUUGGCACACAAAAAAAUCCACCCUCAAUGAUAAAAUUCACUCGAAUUAUUCAUUGGAAGAAUAUCAAGCUAUGAAUAGUAAUGACGUUUCAAGGCAUACCGAAGAUUAUGAGGAGGAUUUUUUUCGGCUUACUAGGUCUCGAAAAGAACGAAAGAAAAAUUAUGAUGGGAAUCAAAUAGAUUCGCCAUUAAAUAAGAAAGAAGAUGGAAGGAAACUUCUUGACUCAUCGUUGAAUGAAAACAAUUGUCCUUCCCCAAGAACACAAAACGAGACCUGUACUGAUUUGUCUAAGAAGAUGCUACCACAAGAGAAAAGUGUCGAAAAACACCUUUUAGAUUCAUCCCUCAACGACUCUGACUGCCCGAAGGCUAUAACCCCAGAAGUUGUAACUGAUUUGUUGACCUUCAAUGAACCAAUUACGAAAGUAGAUACUUUUGAAGAAUUCACUACUAUCUCGAAAUUGGUUGAUCUCAGUUCACCUGAAAAGUCUGAGACUCCAGAAAAGCCUCCAGUUUUGUCAAAGUCAUUUUUGGAAGAAAUAAAUCCACUCAACUCGGUGGUUGAUUGCGGUGAAGAUGCCCCUGAAAUGUUGAUAUUCAAUGACGAAAAAAAGAAGAAGGACGAAAUUCGAAGAGAAUUCAACAUCAUCUCAAAACUAAUUGACACAAGUCCAAGUCAAGAGGAUGGAAUUUUAGAUAGAUCAGGUUCGUCAGCAGAUUCGUUUUUAAAAGGAAUGAAUCAAAUGAAUUCCAUCAAAGACACUUCGAGGGAGAAACUACUCGAGACCACCACCAGUCACGCAACGAGUGAAGAAUCAUUCGAUACAAAACAACCAAAGCCAAUGAACAGCAGGAAAAUUGAAAGGUUUCUGUCGAGAUCGAAAAAAAAUACUCCCACAGAACUUGAUGGUUAUUCAUCGUCGAUUUCAUCGUCUUCCUUUCAAAAACUUGAAAUUCCCACCAGAAACCAAGAAGAAAAAGUAGAAAAUCAGACCAAUCAUAGUUAUGAAGCUUCCGAGUCAUCAACAUCAUCGAACUCGAUGAAUAAGAUCCAGACUCUUUCAAAAUCAAAUUGUGAUUCCACUAAAUCACCUGAACCACAGAAAAAUCUUCCAAAUGACCAAAUAACAAAAUCCUCACAUUCCAAAGCUAUCAAAUCAAAUCCUAGUAAAAAUUCAGGUAUCGAAUCAACAAGUUCCUCAUUGAAAUCGCUUCUGCAGUCUCCCUGCUCGACACCAUCAAUCGAUAGCGUAGGCACCGAGAAGAAGCCACAACAAAAAGUAUCUCCAAAAAUCCUAAGCCAAAAGGAGUACCUUCAGAGUUUGACCAGUUCCUAUUUGCAAUCCUAUCAACCAAUCAUCCAAAAUUUUAAUCUCCCCGAAGUGUCGGGAGAGGCAUCUCUAAAGACAAACUUCGUGCAACAUCUUGUGUUGGCCCACAGCAAGAACAAUGUCAAACCCAUUGAACGCAUGAAGAACGCCCUAUUCUCGGCCGAGAUCCAUCAAGAAAUGGAACAAAUGCGAUUGACGAAGAUGUACCGCAUCCAAGCUUACGCCUGGUCUCACUUAGUUCGUGGCAAUUGCUUUUGUGUCAUCAACACAAAUAGGACGGGGAAAACUUGGUGCUACCUGCCUCCGGUGUGUAGUAUGUUGAGUUUUCGGCUCGAUUCGAAAUUAAUCCCUCAGACUUAUGGUCCAGCUGUGAUCAUUAUCGCCCCGUCAUCGGUUCAGGUCGAGAGUAUUGCUCGUCACUGUCGCCGGAUCUUGGCCAGUACAACACCAAAAGUUAGCAUUGUGCCCGCCUACGGGUUUCGAAAUACCGACGAAGUAAAAAUUGAGCUCCACAACGGAUGUGGGGUGCUUGUGAUCACCCCUCCAUGUCUUCAACGCCUGCUCGAGGCCAAUGAGAAGGAGAACCUUCUGAACAUUCGUCGAGUGCAGACUCUGGUCAUUGAUGGCUUGGAUAGUAUUAUGAGUGAGAAUCCCGAAUUUGAUGAGACCCUCUACAAAAUGAUUUCGCCAGUUCUGGAGGACGAAAAGAUUCCUUUCCAAUUGGUGGUCACUUCGAGGACUUGGACUCGACGGUUUAUAAAUUUCCUACGAAUUGGCAAUCAACCGUUGCUGUGCAUUGCUGACUAUCUGGAGGCAGCUGUCUAUGCCAAGGCUAAGGUGUCAAUUAAGCUGCAAAGGAGCUCGGAGAAGAUGUCUGUUGUGAUGAAAUGCUUGGAUAAGUGCGCCUAUCAGUUGGAGCGAUGUGUGGUUCUGUGUAAUUCCGGCGACGAGGUGUUCGAGGUUGAGAGAUGCUUACGGGAGUCUGGAUACAUGUGUAUGGUUUACACGGAUCAAAUGUCUGUCGAUAGUGAGGAUAUGAUCAAAGAAUGGAAGGAGAAGACGGUUUGCCAUCAAAUUCUCAUCACCAGCGACGCUGUUCUGCCCGAAUUGAUGUUGCAAAACAUCUGGACCCUGAUCCAUUACUCUAUGCCGAUGUCUUGGACAAAAUUCAAUUUCAGAUUCUCGCUUUUUCUUGACAAUUACGAGAAUUUACUUAUCUCUGAUUUUGAAAAACCCUCCAAAGUGCCAAAGUGUUUGAUCCUGUUGGACGAGAACAACAAUCUUCAGCUGCCGCGAUUGAUUGAGUUCAUGAAGAAUCACAAUCAAUUGAAGCACAUCCAUCCGGAUAUUUUGAAUGUUGCAGCGAAAGUUUCAGCCGAUCGGGAGGAGCUGAGAGUUCAGCAGGGUGUUUUGAUGUGUCCGAAAAUUCUUGAAUUUGGUUCCUGCGACGAGGCCAAUCGAUGUUCGUAUCGUCAUCAGCUGACAAAGUACGAUGGACCGAUUCAGGGAAUUCCAAAGAGUGGAGAAAUUCGCUUAAAGAUACUCGAAGUCAUCUCGCCGACUCACUACAUCGCCAGGCUGCUGACCGCCAAGCAACAGGGUGCGUGGGAAGAGGUGAGACGUUCGAAGGAGUAUGCAACGUUUUCGAUGAAGAUGUCCAUGCACUUUAUGGACGAAGACGCUCGGGUCAUCCAUUGGCCUCCGAGAGUCAGCGAUGUUUGUAUGUACAGAGAUGGGGACACUUAUCAUCGUUGUCGUAUCUUCGAAGUCCUGACGCCGAUUAUCUACGAAAGUAUUGUCAAGCCUGUGAAUGUCAAAGUCAAAUUGAUAGAUUCUGGAAGAAGUAUUAUGUGCAAGUCUCUCGACCUCUUGGAAAUGCCGGAGGAGUUUAAGGACUUCCCCGCCCAGGCAAUCGACAUUCGUUUAUCGGGUGUGGUUCCGUUUGACAAGGAGCGCGUUUGGGAUUCCAAAAGUAUUCGGACGGUGAAGAAUUGGAUCGUCAGUGAUGUCACAAGCAACGAUGUUCUCCAAGCUACCAUUAAUUUCGUCCUCAUGGACAUCAUCUGGGUGAAUAAUGUUGUCCUAAUGGAACAGCUGCACGCGAUCAAUGGCUAUGCUCUGAAGAUAAACGUCCGCCGAUCACUUAUAGGAAGGGGCUUCGCUUUGGAAGAUGGACAAAUACAUUCUAUAAAGCAAACAGCCAUGGAGAAUAAUUUGUUGAAGCCGGAUCCUGGUGUACUGCAGGUGGUCAGACCGGAAGAGGAGGAGAAUCUACUGGAGUUCUCGACGGCUUCUUCUGAAGACAAGAACAAAAGUAGCUUCUGCGAGGAAUUGCAAUCGCCAGUUCCAGCGUCGAAAACAGAGGAGACAUUUAAGGUGAACACUCCUUCUGUGGCCUCUAGAAGUUCUGAAGCCUCGAAAACAAAAAAAUCCCCAAAGAUCAGAGAGGAAUGGUCAUCAAUUGAACUUGAUGAACUAUCUCAGGCAAAGAUCGUGGAGCUAAACAACACUAGUAUGUUCUUCCUGCGCCUCCUAAACAAGGAGGACGAUAUGAGAGAUCUGGAAGAGCACAUACGCCUCGAGAAGAAAACACCCCUCCACGACCCACACCCGUUACAGAAUUGCUUGGCUCCACAUGGAGGUUGCUUUCAUCGGGCCAAGAUACAGCGCCUUCUAGUUGACACUGAUGAGGGUUGUGUCAAGGCGAGAGUGUUCUUCUGUGAUAACGGCUUGUUCCGGAACAUUCCGCUGGAAAAUCUUCGCUCGAGCAACAAAUCAAUCAUCGAAUUUAUGCCGUUCCAAGCUAUUGGCUGCAAACUUACAGGAAUCAAUCAAGAAUGUGAUAACGAAGAGAUCCAGGACUUCAUUCAAAUUGAGGAUAGCGUCCAUUUGGCUUAUGCCGUCAAGGAGUUGCCUCGCAACGAGGAUGUCUUCGACAGCCGGUACUAUGAGAUAAUCCUGUACGAGUGCUUCACUGAGAAAAAGGACAUACAAAUCAAUAAAAUGCUCGUGGAGAACGGACUGGCAAGCUACAUAGAGGAUACUAAGCAUUUUCUGGAACUCGAAACUGAACUAGAUUUCGAGAAUUUUGAAUAUCAGGAGGAGGAUUCUUAUGAUUUUCAGAGUUUCUUGGAGAGAGUGAAGCAACAAAUGGACGAAGAAGAUGAAGAAUUUAUGAAUGAAUCGAGGCAAAUGAUCGAAGAUCAAAAGGAAGCAGCGAAGGUCGAAGAAAUCACAGAAGACGUCUCGCAAGAUGAUAAAAAAGAUGAUGAGGAGGAGGACGAGCCAAAAAUAAUUGAUAUAAGUGAAGGUUUUCAGGGGACAUCAAAUGAGAUUCAAGAUGAUUUGAAUUCCACACCACCGCCAUUGAAAGCUCUUCACAAACGUCCUUCCACCACCUGGCACGAGACAAUGUGUAUGAUAUACUUGGUGAUUCAUGCUCCAGACAUCGACGACUACCACCUGGAGGUUCAUCCACAAAGUGUCAUCUACGUAGCUAUCGUGAAUGGCGAGACAAAUGUCCUAAUACUCAAUCUUUUGGGCUACGUUCGACCCGACUUGGUUACCCACGAAAUUCGUGGUCUUAAUGUUGUGGUUCGUUUGGUUAAGGAUUUGUACAUGCCAUGGCCAAGAUUACUUAAGGAUCCAACAAAAUUCUCAUGGCUAAAGUAUAACUUCAAUGCAAUUGACAUGAUCCACGAGGAGGAGAUGUUUGGCAAGUUGGCCCAAUCGAAUAAGCGACGUCGCUUGAGUUGCUCCAGCGAGAGUUCCACAAAUAGCAACUACUCAAAUCCCUGUGAGACAUUUACGCCAAUUGUGAAUAACGAUCAGAUGCAUGAUCCAAUGGCGGAGCUUAACUAAAAGUGGGUGAAAUUAUAAAUUAUUGGAGUUUUAGAGUUAAGUUUUUUUUCAUUUUUAUUUUGUUUCUUAAAUCAUUAUUUUUGUUUCUAAAACAAAGACAAGUCCAUACUUAAAACUAUUACGUGUAGAACACAGUUUUUUUUGUUUAUUAAUUCUUAAAGUUAGUCUUAGAGAAUUCUUCUAUUCAAGUGUUACCAUAAAAUAAAGCCAUUUAAAAUA